AUGCCACUCUUGACUGUGAUCGUCUUUUGCGCUACUAUUUUUCAUGCGCAAAGUAUAACGUACAACAUUACUAAUUCAACCGCGAGCUGGCAAACUAUUUUAACUAAUCUCAAAGCGGGUGACGUUGCUGUCAUGCGCUAUGGUAUCUAUACAACAGCGGGCUCUGGCUACUUCCAAUUAACUUUGAACGGUACUCUUACCAAGCCGAUUAUUAUCCAAGGUGCACCUAAUGAGUCACGCCCGAUUAUUCAGUGUGCUCAAAUCGGUGCAAGUGCUCAAAAUAUCAUGAAUAUUCAAGGUUCAAAUUUUAUGGUGAAAGGAAUAGCAUUUACCAAAGGUUCAAGAGGAAUUCGUGUCGGACCGGCUGUUACAACGAAUGCAAUUUUCGACAAUAUUUACAUUUACAACACCACUGGAACAGCAUUUUCAGCCAACGAUGCCGGCAAUGAAUAUGUUAAUAUAACAUUACGAAACAGUGAAAUAACAAAUACAAAUGCUAUGACUAAUACAACGGGUGAAUGCGUUUAUUUGGGAUGUACCAACGACACUUGCCGAAUUCGUGAUUCAGUCAUUGAUCACAACUACUGUCAUGAUACUCUUGGUUCCGUAGGAGGUUCAAGGGCUGGAUUCCAAGUCAAAUCUGGUUCAUACAAUGUUAUUAUUCGUAAUAAUGUUUGUUACAAAGUAGUUGGUCCUUGUAUUGUUGUUUAUGAUGAUUAUGAUCGUGGACGAAACUUGAUUGAUGGAAAUUUGGCAAUCAAUGCUGGAACAGCUGACCUUGGAAUACAAUGUACAUCGGGAGCAACAAUCACUAAUAAUAUUGUGAUUAAUGCCUGUGCCUCAAUUUACAAUAACGCUAUCAAUGGCAGUAUUAGUGCUACAGGCAUUCAAUUAUGUGGAACAUUCACAAUCGCUAACAAUGUAUUCUUGAAUGCUACAGCCAAUAACCUUUAUCCUGCUGUAAACUCUUCACUGAUCAAUAAAGGUGCGAAUCCACCGUAUCAAGCUCUUUAUGAUUACAAUGGUUUGGCGAGAUCCCUGGCAACACCAACUGUUGGGGCAUAUGAAUAUUCUACUACAAACAAUCCCGGCUGUGUGACAAAAAACAGUUUUAAAUGUGGUUCCUCUACAGCUGCUGUACCACAAUAUCCUCUAAUCCGUUAA